CGUGGUGGUGCUGGAAGUGAGCAGCUCCCUCGCCCAGCCCUCCCUGUUCUACCACUUGGGCGUGCGUGAGAGCUUCAGCAUGACCAACAACGUGCUCCUCUGCUCCCAGGCUGAGCUGCCUGACCUGCAGGCCCUGCGGGAGGAUGUUUUCCAGAAGAACUCGGACUGCGCUGGCAGCUACACGCUGAUCCCCUAUGUGGUGACCGCCACCGGUCGGGUGCUGUGUGGUGAUGCAGGCCUCCUGAGAGGCCUGGCGGAUGGGCUAGUGCAGGCCGGGGUGGGCACCGAGGCCCUGCUCACGCCCCUGGUGGGCCGGCUUGCACGCCUGCUGGAGGCCACACCCACAGAUUCUUGUGGCUACUUCCGGGAGACCAUUCGGCAGAACAUCCGGCAGGCGCGAGAGCGUUUCAGCGGGCAGCAGCUGCGGAAGGAGCUGGCUCGUCUGCAGCGGAGGCUGGACAGCGUGGAGCUGCUGAGCCCGGACAUCAUCAUGAACCUGCUGCUCUCCUACCGCGACGUGCAGGACUACUCGGCCAUCAUCGAGCUGGUGGAGACGCUGCAGGCGCUGCCUACCUGCGAUGUGGCGGAGCAGCACAACGUCUGCUUCCACUACACCUUUGCCCUCAACCGGAGGAACCGGCCUGGGGACCGGGAGAAGGCCCUGGCGGUGCUGCUGCCGCUGGUGCAGCUGGAGGGCCCGGUGGCGCCCGACCUCUACUGCAUGUGUGGCCGGGUCUACAAGGACAUGUUCUUCAGCUCUGGCUUCCAGGAUGCCGGGCACCGGGAGCAGGCCUACCACUGGUACCGCAGAGCCUUUGACGCGGAGCCCAGCCUCCACUCGGGCAUCAACGCCGCCGUGCUGCUCCUCGCCGCCGGCCAGCGCUUCGAGGACUCCGAGGAGCUCCGGCUCAUAGGCAUGAAGCUGGGCUGCCUGCUGGCCCGGAAAGGCUGCGUGGAGAAGAUGCAGUACUACUGGGAUGUCGGCUUCUACCUGGGGGCGCAGAUCCUCGCCAAUGACCCUGUCCAGGUGGCUCUGGCUGCCGAGCAGCUGUAUAAGCUCAACGCCCCCAUAUGGUACUUGGUGUCAGUGAUGGAAACCUUCCUGCUCUAUCAGCACUUCAGGCCCACCCCCGAGCCCCCUGAGGGGCCCCCACGCCGUGCCUUCUUCUGGCUCCACUUCUUGCUACAGUCCUGCCAGCCGCUCAAGACGGCCUGUCCCCAAGGGGACCAGUGCCUGGUGCUGGUGCUGGAGAUGAACAAGGUGCUGCUGCCUGCCAGGCUUGAGGUUCAGGGUCCAGAUCUGGUCAGAGCAGUGACUCUGAGCCUGAUGGAGCCUGAGGCCCAGGAUGUUCCCUCCAGCUGGACCUUACCAAUUUCCUCCAUCUGUGGAGUCAGUGCCUCCAAGCUGGACGGGCGCUGCUGCUUCCUCUACGCGCUGCCCCCAGCUCAGGACGUCCAGCUGUGCUUCCCCAGCGUGGGUCACUGCCAGUGGUUCUGCGGGCUGAUUCAGGCCUUGGUGACAAACCCGGAUUCCACAGCGCCCGCUGAGGAGGCACAGGGCGUGCGGGAGGUGCUGGAGUUUGACUACGAGUACACAGAGACGGGCGAAAGGCUGGUGCUGGGCAAGGGCACAUACGGCGUGGUGUACGCGGGCCGGGAUCGGCACACGCAGGUGCGCAUUGCCAUCAAGGAGAUCCCGGAGCGCGACAGCAGGGUCUCUCAACCCCUGCACGAGGAGAUCGCACUGCACAAACGCCUGCGUCACAAGAACAUCGUGCGCUACCUGGGCUCGGCCAGCCAGGAUGGCUACCUCAAGAUCUUCAUGGAGGAAGUGCCUGGAGGUAGUCUGUCCUCCUUGCUGCGGUCAGUGUGGGGCCCCCUGCAGGACAACGAGAGCACCAUCAGCUUCUACACCCGCCAGAUUCUGCAGGGACUCAGCUACCUGCACGACAACCGCAUCGUGCAUCGGGACAUCAAGGGGGACAACGUGCUGAUCAACACCUUCAGUGGGCUGCUCAAGAUUUCAGAUUUUGGCACCUCCAAGCGACUGGCAGGCAUCACCCCCUGCACUGAAACCUUCACAGGGACCCUCCAGUACAUGGCCCCAGAAAUCAUUGACCAGGGCCCGAGGGGAUAUGGGAAGGCAGCUGACAUCUGGUCCUUGGGCUGCACUGUCAUUGAGAUGGCCACAGGCCGCCCACCCUUCCAUGAGCUUGGGAAUCCGCAGGCGGCCAUGUUUCAGGUGGGCAUGUACAAGGUGCAUCCUCCAAUGCCCAGUUCUCUGUCGGCGGAGGCCCAAGCCUUCCUCCUCCGAACUUUUGAGCCUGACCCCCACCUGCGAGCCAGUGCUCAAGCCCUGUUGGGGGACCCCUUCCUGCAGCCUGGGAAGAGGAGCUGCAGCCCCAGCUCCCCUCGACAUGCUCCCAGGCCCUCAGAUGCCCCUUCAGCCAGCCCCUCGCCUUCAGCUGACCCAGCCACCCAGUCCCACACAUUCCCAAGCCCUCAGGCACCCUCUCAGCACCCACCCAGUCCUCCGAAGCGCUGCCUCAGUUAUGGGGGCACCAGCCAGCUCCGGGUCCCGGAGGAGCCCGGCGCUGAGGAGCCCACGUCUCCCGAGGAGACUUGCGAGCUGAGCCUGCUGCACCAAGAGAGCAAGCGCCGGGCGAUGCUGGCCGCGGUGCUGGAGCAGGAGCUGCGCACGCUGGCGGAGAAUCUGCGCCUGGAGCAGGAACAGGCCCCCUGUUUGAGCCGGAAUCAUGUGGAACAGCUGCUGCGCUGCCUCGGGGCGCACAUCCACACCCCCAACCGCCGGCAGCUGGCCCAGGAGCUGCGAGGGCUGCAAGGGCAACUGCAGACCCAGGGCCUUGGGCCUGAGCUCCUGCAGGCCCCGCUCUUCGCGUUCCCGAACGCGGUGAAGCAAAUCCUGCGUCGUCGCCAGAUCCGCCCACACUGGAUGUUUGUGCUGGACUCGCUGCUCAGCCGAGCGGUGCGCGCUGCCCUGGCGGUGCUGGGCCCAGAGGAGAAGGAGGCAGUCCCACUGAGGUCGGAGGAGUCAAGUACAGAACAGGAGCCUCAGUCCAUGCAAGAGGAGACCGCGGUCCAGCUGAGCACGCUCCUUGGGGAAACAGAGCAGGGCCCCCCACCGCUGAUGGUGCAGCUGGGCCUCUUACGAGCAGAGACCGAUAGGCUUCGGGGUGUCCUGGCAGAGAAGGAACGGGAGUGCCAGGCCCUGGUGCAGCAAGCUCUGCAGCGGGUGGCCGGGGAGGCCAGGACCUGUGCCCUGGCUUCAGAGCCCCCAGUUGCUCUCAAAGGGGACCAGGACCUGGUGCGGUGGCUACAGGAACUGAAUGUGGAUCCAGGCACCAUCCAGACGCUGCUGAAUCAUAGUUUCACCCUCAAUGUCCUACUGACCUGUGCCUCUCGAGACGACCUCAUCUACACCCGCAUCAGGGGCGGGAUGGUAUGCCGCAUCUGGAGAGCCAUCUUGACACAGCGAGCAGCAUCCACACCCGUGACCCCUGGCUCCCAAGAGGCUGCAUGAAGGCAACGCAGACUGGCGGAUGGAGGACCCACGAGCAGCUCUGACACACCUGCCCCAGGGCAGCUGGGGGAGGCGAGAUGGGUGGGGGUAGGGUAGAGCCCAGGCCUGGCCCCAGAGGGGGAAACUGACCAUUGAGCUGCCCCAGGCAGACUAUUAAA